AUGGGGUUUCAAUUUGGACGAUCCGAGGGUUUUCCCUCGCAAUACUCUGCGCAACAUACUUCGGUGACAGUAGAUGUAACCGAAACUGUACUAAUUACUAUUUCCGUCAUCAUCUCAAUCGCCUACAUUAGCAUCAUACCAAGUUAUCAAAAGAGGCAAAGCAUCUACAUAACUACAAAAGUUGUCUUCAGUAUCAUCAUUGGAUGUUUGUUAAUGAUAGAAAACUUCGGUCAAGAAUGGGAAUACGGUAGUACAAGGAGUAAAACGCCUUAUCGAGUCAACGUAGGUCAGAAGAUCGAUGCUCACAUAGCAGUGAAGAUAGGUCUAAGAUCAGUGAAUAUCACACUAAAAGCCAAAUCAGAAGAAGACACACCACUUAAAGAAGAAAUAAUCGAUUAUAACGAGAGAUUUUCCUGGAUGUGGGACCAAGGCAGAAUCGGUUUUGGACCCUAUGCUGGACUGUUGCAAAGAACUUUCCGUGAAGGCCAACGACGAGGUUUGCCCAUUCCUAUCUUAUGGAUCGCUGAAUAUUUCAUUAUUGAUGGGGAAGGCAUUCGAUUUGGGAGAUUUUAUCGAACCGCUGGAUGGUAUUGUCACAUCUUGUUGUGGACCGCCUUUGCUUGCUGGAUACUUGCUAACAUAUUCUUGCAGUCAGUGAGUCGAUAUACUGCCUAUUUGACUGGAUUGAUCGGUGGUUUACAAUUGUUAACUUGUCUCGUCUGGAUAUGCAUACACAAUCCAAUUCCACUUGUGAUUCCUUUUAAUGACGGUGACAUUAGAAUGACGUUGGGCUUGCAUUUCUGGAUGACGUUAGGAUGCGGAUUACUUUGCGUUCUUUUGGCGAUUAUCAUGAUAUAUAUGGACUUGCGUUAUCCUAAUACGCUAUCUACGUUUUUACAAAUAGACCCCCUCGGCCAGUACGACGAAUGUAUAAUGCGAAGCUGUCAAAUGGACGACAUGCUACGUAGAAAGAUACAUAUGAAUGACAUGAUAGAAAUGACUUCGCCCUUUUCACAAAACAGAAACACGAGCAUGAUGGUAUUGAAGAGACGAUCAACCAUAAAAAACGCACAAAAAUCACUUUUCCGUGCGCCAGUUCCCAUGAAGAUGGAAAUAUAUCACGAUGUGACUACUUACAAAAACCAGGAUGAUACUGCAAGGUCAUCUAAGAAUACGUUUAAAAUAGAAAUGUGCAACGAAAAGGAAGAAGAGGAUAAGGAAGAGAUCAAGCCGCCGAUUCCAAAAAAGAUGAAAAAAAUCCGUUUGUAA